AUGUGUGCGGCUGUAGCAAGAGUCACGAUAGAUGCGAGCCCACUAAGGACGAAAGAAAGCUUCAUGUUGGAGUUAAGGAGAAUCCGCUCGCAGGCAGAGUCAUCUGACCUUGCUAGAGAACGAGAGCACCACUUCAUUGAUUCGGGAACUGCCGCGGUGCAAGUACCGCCAGCUGCUAAAAAUACAUACCACAAGAAUCUAGGAAAAUCUAGGCUUAACUCCCUAGAAGCUAAUCCUAAUGGUGAUGAACUGGAAGCCGCGGUCCCCAGAUUUUUCCAAGGAAUUUUGCGAAGAAGGGACGUGUUUUCGACAAAAUUUGCAAAGAACGACGAUAUCUUGAACGAAAUUCACAUGCAAAUGAACACUUUGAUGUUGAUGUGUUGGACUGUUCCGCGCUAUAACAUGCAGCUUUGUCUGCUCAUCGAGCAUGGUGGGAUGUCGUCGAAAGUAGGACAUUCGGAUCAGGACCUGGUAGCCAGAAGUCUUCUGCUUGCCAGAGAACGAGGCGUUGGAAGCCGCGGCCGCGAGGACGCUGAUCGAAAAUAUGAUCCAUCUUCCCUUCUUCGAGACUCUUGGGUAGCGGCGGGACUAGGUCACGGCAGUUCUCAGGAGAGGGAUCAAGCGUAUAUGAAGAUGACUCAGAAUGGGCAGAAAGAGAUUUUAGAAGUCUCGUCAUAA